AUGCCUAUCCCCCCUCGUCCCAUCCCCAACCCUCACACCCAGCAGCGCCGUCACGCGCGUCGGCCUGACAUCAACCUCGCUGGCGGCGGCCAGAGUCUCAUCAACGAAGGCCGUGCCGACGUAUCUCUCCUCCCCCGCGGCGCGAGCGUUCCCAACACGCUGUCAGGCGUGUUCGUGCGCCCACGGUCAUUCUCGCCGCUGCACUCACCACUUGGUACCCCUCCCCUCCACUCCCCUCUCUCUACGUCGCCCAUGCGCAACCCCACACCACCCACCCCUCCACGACGCGAAGUGCCCCUCGCUCAGCUCAUGGACGGUCGCGGCCGAGCUCCCCGAACCGGAGCUGCCGCGGCCCUGGGCUUCGACUACGUACCGCGCCCAACAGUUGUUCCGAUUGAGGACGAGAAGAUCACAGAGCCGCAGCCUACGGAACCCCGGUCCUCGUUCUGGGCCUGGCGCGAGCGGUACCUCUCAGCCACGCCGCCUCUCGUUGAGGCCGCUCCGGUUUCCAGUGAGCCCGCGAACGGGUCUGCGCUUGGGCCUGCUCCGCAGACUCCGGCUCUGGAGCCCCACAUCACCGACGACGACGAUGACGACUGGGAGCACGUCCACGCGUACGAGGACCACGUCUUUGGCGACCUCGAGCUCGACACCGACAUGGAUGCAAGCGACGUGCUGCCUGCGGCGCCGAAGGGUGGCAAGGCUGUGGCUGACGCGAGCGAGCUUCCGGCUUCCGCUCCACAGACCUAG